AUGCAGUUCAUCACCAUCUUCAUUGCUACCCUGGCCGCCGUUGCCUCUGCCUCCCAGACCGCCGACAAGAAGCGUUCCUGCGUUGGUAACUACGAGGUUGCUUGCAACUCUGGAAAUGCCUGCUGCGAUGGUUGGAAAUGUGUCGGUGCCACUGAGUGGAACGCUGGCGUCUGCAUCCCCAACUACUAG